GCUCCGUCCAACACCAGUAGUUCCCAAGCCGUGGGCGACACCCCUCAAGGCCCGACGCGUACUUGCACGGCGCGGCAGAGAGGUCCCAGCUCCUAGCUGCGUAGGCCCGGUGCCAUGGCUGCAGCCACCGAGUCCUCCCCGGCCGCCAGCGCCGCCGCCGCCGCUAGUAGGGCGUGGGAGUGGGAGGGGAAGGUGGUGUCGCCGGUGGCCGUGGCGACGGCGGACGAGGCGUGGGCGCUGCUGUCGGACUUCCUGGCGUUCCACCGGUGGCACCCGCGCGUGGCGGCGUGCCGGCUGGCGUCGGGCACCCCGCGCCUGCCCGGGUGCGUGCGCUACUGCGAGGGCACCGCCCCGCCGCCCGGCGGCGGCGGCGCGGCCGCGGCCGACUGGGCGCACGAGACGCUGCUCGAGUACGACGCCGAGCGCCGCUUCUUCCGCUACGAGAUGAACGACAACAGCAUGGGCUUCGGCCUCUUCUUCGCCACGUUCCGCGUCGUCCCGGCCGCCCCCGGCGCCGCCGCGGGGUGCGAGCUGCGCUGGGAGUUCGAGUGCGAGCCCGUGCGCGGCACGCCCAGGGAGGCGCUCGUGGCGCGCCUGCAGGCCGGGCUUGACGGCAUGGCCGCCCGGGUCCGCGACCACGUCCUGGCCGCUCGAGCCAACGCCGCCGCCGUGACGCCCGCCGCCGGCGAGCUCAAGCUCGACAACUCCAUCGCCGUCUGAUCGGUGGGACGCGCGCCCGGCCCGUCCGUUCGUUCGCUGCCGGUGCUCACGCUUACGCUGUCAUCGUCGCGGUUAAGUUGCUGUUAAUGUCUCGGCUGCUCCUGCAUGUACGCGUGUACGAUACGUGACCGUACGGUUAAUCUGCUACCUUAUCUCACCGUAUAAAUGUGCGUCGGGAAUAAAUGUAACGACGGUUAUGAAUAGGCGAUAAACAUGUGAGUAAAGUUUAGGCCUUGUUUUUUUACUAA